AUGCGAGCAAGAGCGUCCAGGCUGGCCAACAGGCAUUUUAUUGAUACAGUAGCAUUGCUUUCGGUGCUCUGCUGCUUUGUAUUCAUUGCCAUGGUUCUCGUUACUCCUUCUCCUGAUGGGGGAGAAAUGAGUGCAGAUGGAACCAAGAAAAAAAAACUCACGAAUUUUGAGAAAAGUGAUGGUCGUCGCCUCGUAGAGUAUUUGGUUGUCAUAUCGUCAGUUCCGCGUGCUUUCGACGGAGCGGGGGAUAUGGCCAAAGAAGAAUGGGAUCUAUCGACAAGUUUCGACGAUGAGGACGUUGAAGUGACUCGUGGGUUUAGACCGCAGAUUACCGCUCGAUAUCCUUUGGAAGAUCAUAAUGAUAAUCCUCUGCAUGAAAACGUGACCUUCUUCUGUCACCCAUCUGGUUCCAUACACUUGAAGAAAGAGAAUCACAUGCCCAAGAUUCAUUAUUUCGCUGCAACUGGUGGAACAGGUCGAAAGAUGUAUGGAACUUGCCUAACAUUGUGGGAGCCCUAUAAAGUCACUGGUCGGAAGAAAAACUUGGGAAAUGAGGAUGCACACGAGAACAGUGAUCACGAUGCUUUCCUGCCGAAGUGUAUUGUGCUACUAUCGACUUACCCAUACCUCAUGGCUUUUCGUGAAUACCUUACGCAGUUGAAUCGGCUAUCGAAGCUUGGAGAAAUGACAUACCCCUUGGAACGAGCGAUUGUGAACAUUUGUGCCGAAAUCCCGGCCCCUCCACCUGGUUCAUUCGAAGUACAGACAACAAUUCUGGAUUCAAUCAUCAGGAUAUGGUCACCUCCGCACAAUCAACCCAUAGCUUGGGUCAGCCUUCCUUUCUCCCAUUUGUUUGAGUGCCUCGAUAUUGACAACAUUGUCUUGGUCUGGCAUUGCUUAGUCCUGGAACGCCAAGUCCUACUGACAUCAACGCAAUUGUCAAUAUUGACUACAUGUUCUGAAAUACUACUUUCGCUUCUCUUCCCUAUGCGGUGGUCCCAUGCCUAUAUUCCUGUGUUACCGCAUUUUCUCAUUCCAAUGCUAUCAGCACCGAUGCCUUUUUUGUGUGGCAUCAAUAAAGCCUGCUUGGCUGAGGCACUCUACGAUUUAAGCCGCGAGUGCGUUGUCGUCGAUCUAGACAAGAACCUUGUGACGCUUGGACCAGACACAGAUCCAUUACCGCCUCUUCCACCACAUCAGGAUGCUUCAUUGCGAGCGCAGUUGCACGACAACGCUGGUAUGGUCUUUCGAGAGGCACGUUCCUUGACAAAGAAUCAUGAUUAUUCCGAAAGUGGUUCUCAUCUACCACCACAUAUCAAACAGACGGCAGAGGCGAUGUGGGAAGGCAAGCUGUGUCUUUUCGACGAGGCAUUCCACCUAAUGUUCACACCCGAAGAAUCGAGGAAGAACUUGUUGAAUGGCAACGAUACGUCUGGAAUGGAUUGGAGCGAUCGUGAACAUGAUCAUUUUCGAGUCGGGAAUUCGGGCGAAAAGCAUCGGAAGCAAUCAGAAUGGGACGCUGUCCAAGAAGCGUUUUUGGACACUUUUGUUUAUUUGCUACGCAAUUAUCGCAAGUAUUUGAUAUUCCCAUCAAAGCACAAUGAAGGAUCCUAUGGUGGAGCUGGAUUUAGAUCAAAAGAGUUCAUUGAGUCACAACGUUUUGACAUGCGUGGAUUUCUGGAGCAGUUCAUUGGUACUCAAAUGUUUGAUAACUUCAUCACAAAGCGCCUUUAUGGUAGUGGUGAAGCAGAUGUUGCAUUUUUUGACAUGGCUGUUGAUAGAUUUUUGAAGAACUCUGGUUUGCUAUCUAAUGUAGAUGUUGGAGGUCGGUUUUUGCAAGCUACAGGGCUAGCGUCGCAGAGCGAUAAUCUAAGAGGCGGCAUGCGGAGCAUUGCGACGGGCUUCAAUUUCAAGAAAGAUGUCGAGCCAUUACUCCAAAGUGCAAGAGUACAUCGGAAGCUGAAGACAAUCGUUCCACCUGAACCUUGCAUGGAGGACUUGCCUCCUAUAGAGCAUAUGGAGAACGUAGUAGCGGUAUCCGAGCCACAACUACCAGACGAUGCCAGCCUAGGGUCAGCAAGCACGUCUUCACGGAGCCAAGCAAAUAAUGAUGCAUACAAAAGUGUCCAAGACAAAGCCGCCGAAAUUCUUGGCAAACAGAAGUUGAGAUAUUCUUAUGACGUUUUCCCAUCUGAAUUCAGGGAGGAAUUGUUUGCACCACCUCGGCCCCUUCCAGCGGCAGUCAUUUCAGAAUUCGACCGACAAAAGAAAGAUGCAGCCCAAUUCCGUCGGAAGAAAUCAGUUCUUCAACCCAGCGAUAAGAGAAAGCACAUACAGCGAGCACACACGACCUUGGACCCUGAAACACCACCGUCCCCAGAAGUUGGCACAUUCACUGUUUUCUUUAUGGCGUUCACAGCCAUGAUUGGAAAAGAACUAUUAGAGCUCGAUUAUGUUUCUGACAAACCAGGAAAAACCAUCCUAUCUACCUACGUUCCAUCAAGCUACAAUGAAACUGGUGUCAAUUCUGCCACCUCUGAUACUGGCACAACCGGCGAAGAUGAAGAUUCCUUUAGGGAUGUCGUUUCCCCAGAGGAACAAGCGGGUGUUGUUGAUAUGAAAUUUUCGAGACCGUCGCUUGGGGCUAUGAUUGGUGAAGAUUCUGAGAAGACUGACGAGUUUGAGAAUCCAUGUGGUGACGAAACUGUUGACUCUGCACCAAAAGGGCCUGCAGAAGAGAAAAAGACGGAACGGCCAGACUCCUCGACUACUCUAGCUUCACAAUUGACACAACCAAGACGACGCUUUCAAGACUCAUUGUCUGCGCUCCAAAUCGAGGAAGCAAAGGCAACUGGUAGAGCUCAGCUAGGCCUUGCGUUUGAAAUGCUAACGAUGAUGAAAAAGCGCGCGUUAAAGGCGGACCCUGAGGCUUAUCAGUGUUUAAUUGAUGCUUGUGGACGAGUUGGAGACACAAAGCGGGCAACGGACUUGCUGGCAAAAAUGCACGAGGAUGGAAUUGUAGCGGAUGGAACUGUUUAUGCGUGCCUGGUCUCCGCGUUCUCUGCAGAGACAGCAUGGAAAAAGGGAACAAAGGAAGAGGACCUGCCAGAGUGGGCAAAUAGCACUGCGGUAGAAAUGGAUUGGAAUAGGUUGCAAAAGCGAACAUUCUUGGAUCGCUUGCGAGGUAUCAAUGAUGGCGAUCCCGAAGAUGAGGUUAAUGAACACGAUUCUGUUGGAGUCUCUCUCCAGAAGAUACGAAAUUUCAUCUCAAGGAAGCAGGACAAAAAACGAAAUGUCCCUAACGUGGAAGAAAGCAGGGUAGAGUUUUUUGUCACUGAAGGAGUUGAGAGGCAAAUUGAAUUGGGAGAAAACUUGUUGGAGAUCGUAUUCCCUGACAUCUCUGUAGAUACGGACAACGAAACUUGUCCUCGUUGCAAUUUCCUUCUUUCUGACGACGAUGUUGUAGGUGGCUGGACACCUGGAGACAGCAACGACUACACAACGUCAUGCCCAAAUUGCUCACAGCGAUUUGUGCCACACUUUUGCGUGCAAAGUUCUUCGCCAUAUUUUGUAGGAUCACGCGGGCCAUCAUCACCGUUGAUGUGCGAGCGUCUUUCACCGUGGGUAUUGCAAAAAGAAAUCCGAUCAGUCAUGAGCGAUCGUGAAGGUAUCGAAAACUUGUUGAGUCCAGAAUGGAGAGAUCAGGAAUACAAAAAUGCUGUUCUUUGGUGGAACUUGGUUCUUUCUUGCAUGAGAUAUCGCUUUCCGUUUUCUUUCUUGCUUCAAGGUAGCUUCGAGCAAAAUUUGAUUGCCCCCAUGCCCGAGGAUGAUCACUAG